CAUCUCUUUGACAAGUUACUUAGAGUCCCCAUCUCACACAAGGCACUUGGGUUGGUCGUAGUCUGGAACAUUGGAACAGACACUCGCGCUAAGGGGUAUAUGUUUAGCGUCCCAAGUCAGUUUCUCUGUAUCGUUAAGGUCUGUCUCAGGUGUAAACAUACACUCAAAGUCAAAGGUAGCUCUGUAAGGGAAGAACUUGGGAUGCUCAGGAACAGUCAACCCUUCGUCUUCAGGCAACUGAAAGAUGGUUGGUGGAGUCUUGUAAGCACCUCCUGGAAACUGGUAACUAACUUUCGCUUCAGAGGUUCGCUGGUGACGAUUUAACAUACCAACAUGUUUCCACAGUGUUCCACAUCACGAGCAGCUAGAAGACUUGGCAUACUUCUUUAAAUCUUUAAUAUAGGAAAAGUAAUUCUGGUACAGGUUGAGGUAAAGAGUACUUGGGUAGUGGGAAAGGGAGCGGUGAACCAAUUAUUGUGCAGCAAUGUCUGGUACUGUAUUUUCUUCGGUAUUGUCUUCAUCUCCCUCCUCUCCAUCGGGCUUGGUGGGUUCAAGGGAAUAGACAGAAAUGUUCACUUCGUAGAGGAGUUCCAGAUCAGGAGGUUCUUUCAGCUUCACACCAAAAAACUUUUAUUUCUCAGGGAAAAAUUCUCUAUAUCGCUCAUAGUAAUGCUGUGCAUCCCUCUCUACAUUCUUUGGGUGACAACCGUUGUGGAGUGCCGAAGCGUGAAAGAAGCACAUGUUGUCGCUGUAGAUUUUACUGGUCUGGCGGUUGCUAUCCAAGGCAUCAAUACCGCAAUUUUCCACAAUGUAGUGAGGCAGACUUUGACCUGUCCCUGUCGGAUGGCCUCGUAGCUUGGCGACGAAGAAAGUGAUAUUGGUCACCUGUUCUACGACCCAUUGAGAGUUCGGGCACCCCAACGCUGGCGUACCAAUUCCAAGACGUCAAGGUUUAGGAAUGCUUCAUGGACUUGCUGAAGGUCAGCUGCGGUGGUAAUUUGAAAGGGCGCUUCAAAGACUUGCUCGUUAUUUCUGGAGGCAUAAUAGUAUUGAAGUGCUCCAGUCUCAUUGUUGUGUAGAAUGAAACCAAAAGACACAUUCAGCUUAAACACCAUGGACUGGUUAGUAAAAAUGUUACCCAGAUGAGUGAUACGUUCUUUAGGUUGGAGAGUGGACAGGCGGUAAUUGUACCAAUCCUAAAGGCGAUUUUUGCAGCUAAAACAAAUACGCAUUUGAUGCCAGUGGUUGCAGUAUUCAGCAACGAGACUUUGUUGUGCUUCAGGGAGGUCGGUGAGAGCCCUUUGAUAGGGGUUGACUUUGAAAGGUAUACAUCUAUCUAAAUAGAAUAUCUCCAAUGUGCUCAAAAUAAAAGUUACGUUUUCUUCCAUAUAUUGUAAACUUGCCACUACCAAAAAUUACGGAAAAUUCAGCUUGCAUUAUCCCCGCGUUUACAAAACAAAAUGGUGACACUCACACGGAAUAUAUGAAAAAUUAAAGAUAAUUGUAAAUAACAAUUUUCUGAAGUUACCCUGGACAUUUGCCAAAGUCGCAUUUUUUAACUCGAGAAACAUGGACUGCUAAAUUGCAAUUAAAUUAUUAUUAUUAUUAUUAUUAUUUUAAAAAAGAAAACCCUGAUGUAACCCUUGGUGUAUGCCUCCAGGCGUCAAGAUUCAGCUUUCCAUGUCAAAAAUCGUAUAUUCCACAGGGAAAAUUUCAUGGAAAUUCAAAGCGGAUAAACUUUUUUUUUUUUGACAAAAAGAAAAAAAGAAAAUUUAAAAACAAAGUCGCUGUUUCCACUACAAAAUACCAGAAAUCUGAUUUCUUCAGUCUGCAAUAUAUCUACAAUGACUUGUCUAAAUCUACUGAAAUACUAUCAGUUUGUAGCUCCUGUUUUUAUAGGUCAUUUCCGAUUCAAAAGUACAUUUGCAAUCAGCGGCUUUUCUUUACCAGUAAAUACGUUGUGUUUUAAACCUCCAUUUGUCACCCUGAAAUUAUUUUGUGACCCCGAACCUUACCACGGUACAUACUAGUAAAGAGGAACAAUGUCGAUGUAAGCCACAGGAUACAUCCUCUUUGAAAUGUCCCCGAUAUCGGACCUUACGGUUUUAAGGACAAAAGAAGUGGUUAACAAUGUGUGACCUCUAUUAUAUUCAGUAAGGUAUUACUGUAAACAAAGGCCAAUGAAGCACUUUUUCAAGAUAUCCUACUUUCUAUUUUUUCCUUUGCGAAGGAAAUUUACAUAGCACUUUUCAUUUACACAAAACGUUAUUUUUAUGUUACUGCAAAAGAGUCUUAAUACCUGAGUCGUCUUGGCGCAGACGUUUGGCAGCCGUAGAAGGUCUACUGUGUGCUGAUUUUCCAUGUGCGCAAAAUGGAGCCAGAUUGUGAAAGACUUCACCACAAGUAUUACAUACGAACUCCUGCUGAGCUGCUCGGCAUUCAUGAACUUGUUUCACAUGUCGUUUUAAGGCAUCUAUUCGAUUAAACUUUCGCCCACAGAGGGAACAUUCGUGUCGCUUUCCAAGAACUGCAUAGCGUGGCAUUUUAGAAGAAGUAGAGUCUACUUCAUCCUGUAAAAUUAUAAGUUGUAUUAACGACGGAUUUACAAACCUGUUUAAAAGAUAUAGUGCGACAAGUAUUAUUUUCGCGCUCUGGCUCUAAAUUACAUCAACAAAGUCUUUCAACAGCAUGGUUUCAUAAUUCCUUUAUUUAUACACCAUAACUUGUUUUUGUAAAACUAUUUUUUAAGUCCAUCAAGUUUAAAAUCUGACUUCAUUUACAUUUACCUUUUGAAAUGACUCUUGGGUUCAAACCUUUCACAAUAUUAUCUAAAUCAAAUUUAUCUUAAGAUAACUUUUGUACAAGCUGUUUCUUCUCAAAACAAUUUCAAAUAUUCAAAAACCAUUAACUACUGCUAAGUUUAUGUAUUCCACAUUUUUUUUUUUUAAUUUCUUAAUUGUUAUGUUUUUAUGUGUUUGUAUUUUUAGACCAUGUUAUUUCACGAGGGAGAUUUAACGAGCUACAGCUACUGAGCUUUUUGUGGUUAUGAAUAAAGAGGGUCGAGCAAAACCAAAAUCUGGAAGGUACCUAAAGUAAUGUAAAACCUACCUCUGCCAGUCGUUUCCUGUCAGCUCCACUAUGUAUUUCAUUUAAGUGAGGCCGUGCAGUACCCUAAAAAAAGUAACACUUGGUUAAGUUGGUAACAAUACUCGACUAGAGAGAGAGAACGUUCAUUCAAAGUACAGAGAAAAAGAGAGCACAUACCUGGGGUAGUUUUUCAAACUCAUCAUCCCAAUCAUCCCAUGGUUCAAAAAUUUCCGGGGGAACGUCAAAAUGGAAAGUGACUAACUGAUCGAAAUUCAUGACUUCUUCUGACAAUUCGUGAAUGACCGCUUGGAAAAGGAGUUCCAUUUUAUGUGUUUCAAAACAAUAGAAAAAACUGGCAGGUAAAAAUAAACCCUGACAUAUCGUACCUGAAUAAAUAUGACAUCAUCAUGACCAAGUAGGGACAUGGUAUCACUUUUCUAUUUAUAGAUUAUGAUCUCAACAUUUUUUGAUGACUCUAGGAAAUUCUGAUGUCACUUGCUCCUUGCCAGCUAAAAAUAAACUAUGACAUCGUCCCAUCUCAAUGAGAUGAAUGACGUCAUCUGCAUUAAUUUAUACCACUCAAAAAGUUAAUUAAAUCCACCAAAAAAACUUUAAUUUGGUGCCUUAUCCACUACUACUCUUGCUUGAACCAUUCAAUCUGAGCUAUCUUGCACAAGGCGAAUAAGGCUUCUUCGAGAUCAUCAGCAGUCAAAUUAUUGGUCUGCCACUCUGGAGGUGGACUCACUCUCUUUACCUUGCAUGACAGGUUGAACUUGUACCUGAUCCACUACGUGUAGAGCCCAGUAAGCCUUUUCCAAGUGGAGUACUUUUCCCAUUCUACUACAAUCAGGGCCGAUCAACGUUGUUAGGACAGAGGCCCUGACUUUUAAUUCGCUCUCAUUCACUUGGAGGUCUUCUUUGGAACUCGACCAUUCCUCCUCAGGUAGCAUAAAAAAUUGGGGACUGCUGAUCCACCGCUUUCUGUAGUUAAUUCGUGAAUCUCCUUCCCUCUCGUACAAUGGUAACAGCCGGUUUCGCUACUUGUCUAGUUCGCUACGUUCGAGUUCGCUACAUGUUCACUACUAACAUGCUGAGUUUGCUACUUACUUUAUUCUGUCCUACUUCCACGAACUGUAGUUAAUUCGUGAAUCUCCUUCCCUCUCGUACAAUGGUAACAGCCGGUUUCGCUAUUUGUCUAGUUCGCUACGUUCGAGUUCGCUACAUGUUCACUACUAACAUGCUGAGUUUGCUACUUACUUUAUUCUGUCCUACUUCCACGAUCUUGUAGAAUGAACAUCUUGUUUUAAAUAAGUCUGCCUUGUUCAACCUGAAAUGGGCGCCAUGUUUUAGCUGAGUUCGGUUCGAUCAUAGCGGUUGCAAUCCAAGUCGUUUUGAUCCAAACUAGAGUCUAGAGUCUGGCUUGAUGUGAAAGCGUUGUCAAUUAAUCUCGUUUCGACCCAUAAACAAACUGAACAAACUCGAUUCGAUCGUAACACAGUAAAAACUAUGCGGCGCCGUUAUGAAAGUAUUCCAAAGCGCUAUAAAAUGUAUCUCAAGUUCAGCUAAAUAUUUUUAUACAAAGACAGUUUCGAAUUACAAUCUUGAAUAUGCAAAUUUUGAAACAACUCAAGUUUCGAAUGGCAAUCUCGUUUUUAUGGUAAUUUGCCUUGCUGAUAUUUCUUCUUUAUUUCCAAAAAGAUCAUCAGUACUGUUAUAUUGGAAGAUAUUUAUUACUUACAACUAAAAGGAAGUUUCACAUAUUAUUAUCCUUUUUACAUGCGGGGACGUGUGGGGCGUCCGAAUGACUCCCGCUCCCUAAACAACAUACAGUGUUACAUUAAUUACAUGAAAUAACUAAAAGAGCUCUUGUUAAUUUCACAAAGUAACUGCUUGAUUCGAAUAAAGCACUAUCUAGUGGAUAAGUGUUGGGGAAACCAAUUGCUUUAUCCACUCACUGGAUAGCGAACAUUAUUAAAGCUACUUGGACUGUUUCGCAAUUCUGAUAUUUUUACUUAUCAUCCUUUUUACAUGCGGGGACGUGUGGGUAGUCCGAAUGACUCCUGCCCCUAAACAAUUAAAAUUACAUAAACUAUAAGUUAAUUUUGCAACGCUAAGUGCGCAAUUUGAACGAAGCAUUAUCUAUACUUGUAAAUUUUGCAAAGCUAAGUGUGCAAUUAAAUAUCUAAAUAACGUACUGUAUACGACUUUAACACUGAAUCCUACGAAGGUUCUUCUCUGACAUGAGAUAAUGACAAUCCUUAAAAAUCCUAAUAAGCUUAACCUAAAAAUCUAGCCUAUAUGUGAUUAAUAAUAGCUAACAGUUUCUCUUUAUCUAGUUCAUUCAAAAUCACGAAGCAAUGAUGUGUGGUGCUUUCUUGAGAAGAUGGUUUGCUGAAAUGUCUCCUUUCUCAAACUUCUCCCACGCAUCGAACAAACGGGCUUGUGUGUUAAGGUACUGUCGAUGCUGGAUCCUCUUCAGCUUUCUCUCCGAUACAAGGCGGAUCUGAAGGGACGCCAGUUUCGCUUCCUUGAAGAUUAACUCGAUGAGCAGGUAGGACGGGAUCUGUGAUUUUCCUUGUGUUCGACAAUUUAGGCCAUGGUGCCACCCUUCUGUGUCAUUGUUCAUUCUAACGGACUGUUGGAAGAUGCUCCAGGAGGACGGGUGCCACAUGGUGCUGCUGAUCCACGUGUUAUUAAUGUACUGCGUGAACGCUUGUAAGGGUUCUGUCACUGCUUUUGUUUCUAGUCGGUGGAAGGCGGCUGGAAUUUCUUCGGCGGGAAGAAAAGGCAGGGCUAAAAGUUUUCCGAUAAGGCAAUGCGUCCCUCGGUGGUUUAAGUACGUUUGUUGGAGACCAAGUUCCUGGACCUACGAUAGAAAAGAGCAAACCAGAGUUUAGUUAGAGUUUAGCAUUAAGCACUUGCAUGCCAAGUUUUUUUUUUUAUUUCAUUUUUAUAUUGAAAUCAUAUUUUCACGCGUUGAAUGGAAUUAAGGCUACUGAAAACUGGAACAUAUUGAAAAAAUCUCACGUUAACAAAAUGCCCUGUUCAGGUUGUUUUUGUUCUAAAUGACACAGAUUUAUACUUAAUUUCCUCCACAGAGCCUGAGUCCAGUGAAAUGCGCAUCCCAUGAUGCGUACCUCGGGGAACAACUUCUGGAAGGUCGACCACAUGGCCCUUUGGAAUCCUUCACAAUUUCAAACUCGAGACGGAAGCUGUCUGGCACUUCAUUGGCCAGGGGCUCCAUGAUGGACGAUUUGUCUUGAAUGGCAUCAUCACCAGGUAACUCCUAUUUUAGACAAAAAUGCUACAUUCAUUGUGCCAGGAAUGUGACCCCACUCCCUGACGUCUGAUUUGGAGGCGAUUUCAGCAACUCUGUGAUACGUACAUGUUGAAUCUCGUCUGGGUGUUGCUAAGGUAGUGCAACACAAUCUUGGAGUCACUCCAGAAAUGCGUUUCGUCAACUUCAAAGUCGAUUUCUUCUAAUAUCUUGGUCUUCAGCCUAGCUGCCACAACCGCAGCUUGAAGUUCCAAACGUGGUAUGGUCAGUGUCUUGAUUGGUGCCAAUCUUGUUUUGCUUAUAACAAAGCUCACGUUAACAGGUCCACACGUCACUGUACGGAAGUAGGCAACUGCUCCGUAAGCGAUUUCAGAGGCAUCACAAAACAAAUGUAACUGCACGCUUUGGCACUCGUGAUGAUGGAAGCCGUACCAUCGGGGAACUGCAAUGGACUGCGAAGCCUUCAAACCGUCAAUCUAAACUUGCCACCGCUGGAGGAUGUCAACACUUCAUCCCACUCGAUCUGACGCCUUCAAAGUUCUUGAAUAAUCAGUUUUGCCUUAAUCACGAAUGGGGCAGCAAGCCCAAGAAGAUCAAACUCACUGCUUGUCGCUUAGUGGGAAAUUCACUCUUCAUUGGCUUCAGACUCAAGAGAUUCGCUUCUGCGCACCAUUUGACAGCUAGUACCCGUAUUUACCCGUGUAUAAUGCGCACUUUUUUUACGACAUUUGAGGCUGAAAAAUUGCGCUGCAGAUUAUACACGGAACCUUUUGUUUCCCAAGCGCUACUCAUUUUCAUAAACAAAAGAAACAAUGGCAGAUGGCUGUUUCCAGGACUGUUGUUAUGACAAGAAUAUAAACUACCUAUCACAGCUGUUUAAUUACAAUCAAUAAACAACAAUCGGUAUUUAAAGACAAUGUUGUCAAGUAUCUUUAUUUCAAUCACUGUUAACUUGCGUGAUUGAUUAUGGCGACGAAGCGACAAAGUUAUACGACAUCAGAGAAGUUAAAGAUUAUACAGUUUGCAGAAGAACACGGAAAUCGAGCAGCCCAGAGAGAGUUUGGAAUUGCAGAAAGUAGUGUUCGUUUGUGGCACAAGUCCAAAGAAAAUCUUCAGAAAAUGCCGAGACUUCAACG